CCGGGAGUUCAGUCCCACGCACUCCUACCCCAGCGUGGGUGGCGGUGGGAUGAGGGGUUGUGGCGGAGCGACAGGCAGUUUUUCUGGUUUCUCCACAAACAAGAAGAGGAGAGCGUUCACUCAGCCCUUGCGAGAGGGCCUGGUACUUUCGUUCUAAAGCUUUCGUUUCCUCGGGGAACAGAAUUGCUACACGCAGUAGUUAUAAUUAUUCAAUAUGUUUCCAUUGACUGAGGAAAACAAGCAUGUGGCCCAGUUGUUGCUCAGUACUGGUACCUGUCCAAGAUGUGUUUACAGAUUCUGUGGUGUGGAUUUUCAUGCACCUUACAAACUUCCCUACAAGGAGUUGCUCGAUGAACUACAGAAAUUUCUGGAAACUGAAAAAGAUGAAUUAAUUUUGGAAGUUCCAAACCCACCUCCUAAGAAAAUUCGACUACAAGAACUAGAAGAUGGGAUUGAUGGGAUUGAUAAUCUGAGUCAAAAUGGAGAGGGAAGGGUCUCCGUUAUUGAAGAUGGUAGCAUUGCUUCCAAGAACUCAAAUUUAAAUGUGUGCAAUGUAUGUCUAGGAAUUCUUCAAGAAUUCUGUGAAAAAGAGUUCAUUAAAAAGGUGUGCCAAAAAGUUGAGGCCUCUGGGUUUGAAUUUACCAACUUGGUAUUUUCAGUCUCCUUUCCACCACAGCUAUCUGUAAGAGAGCAUGCUGCAUGGUUGCUGGUAAAACAGGAAAUGGGAAAACAGAGUCUGUCGCUGGGAAGAAAUGAUAUAGUUCAACUAAAAGAAGCCUACAAAUGGAUAACUCACCCCCUGUUUUCAGAGGAACUGGGUGUUCCCAUUGAUGGAAAGAGCUUGUUUGAAGUGAGUGUGGUGUUUGCUCACCCAGAAACAGUUGAGGAUUGCCACUUCCUACGUACAAUUUGCCCAGAUUGCUUCAAGCCAGCCAAAAACAAACAGUCAGUGUUCACUAGAAUGGCAGUUAUGAAAGCGUUGAAUAAGAUAAAAGAAGAGGAUUUCCGCAAGCAGUUUCCUUGUCCUCCAAACUCACCAAAGGCUGUAUGCACUGUUCUUGAAAUUGAGUGUGCUCAUGGUGCUGUUUUUGUGGCUGGGAGAUAUAAUAAAUAUUCCAGGAAUUUACCACAGACUCCUUGGAUAAUUGAUGGAGAAAGGAAGCUGGAAUCUUCAGUGGAAGAAUUAAUUUCAGAUCAUCUUUUGGCAGUAUUCAAAGCAGAGAGUUUUAAUUUUUCCUCCUCUGGAAGAGAAGAUGUAGAUGUGAGAACAUUAGGAAAUGGAAGGCCCUUUGCAAUUGAGCUGGUGAAUCCUCAUAGAGUACAUUUCACUUCACAAGAAAUUAAGGAACUUCAGCAGAAAAUUAAUAAUUCGUCUAACAAAAUCCAAGUUCGUGACUUGCAGCUUGUCACAAGAGAGGCAAUAGGACAUAUGAAAGAAGGUGAAGAAGAAAAGACCAAGUCCUAUAGUGCCUUAAUAUGGACAAAUAAAGUCAUACAGAAGAAAGACAUUGAAUUCCUAAAUGGCAUAAAGGACUUAAAGAUCGACCAGAAAACACCUCUGCGGGUCCUUCACCGGAGGCCCCUGGCUGUGAGAACUCGCAUCAUUCACUCCAUGGAGACAUGCUAUGUGGAUGAACAUCAUUUUCACCUCUAUCUGAAGACUCAAGCUGGAACCUACAUUAAAGAGUUUGUGCAUGGAGACUUUGGGAGAACCAAGCCGAACAUUGGCUCUCUAAUGAAUGUGACUGCAGACAUUCUUGAGCUGGAUGUUGAGUCUGUAGAUGUUGACUGGCCCCCUGCUCUGGAUGACUAGCUUUCAACCGGACACACAGAGUAGGGUUUUUGUGGCAUGAUGUGGACCUCCAUUCAGCAUACACUGUAUAAUGGCUGUUUACUCACCAUUACAGUGUCUUGGAAACCAUUUGGAUCACGUUGAUCUAUGUAUUUUAAAAUUUGUUGUAACAUCUCAGGAUCUAUGUAUGUGUAUAUUUUGUGUUAAAUGUUCUAAGGAUGUCUUAUGAUUUUUCUUGUUCCCUCUCCAACCCCUACAUGCCAGACUAUGAAUAAUGAAAACAUUCUCUUAAUUCUUUCAUUUAGAGAAGUACACAAACAGGAUACAUUCUCUGAUAAUCUGAGAAGCUAUAAUUUCUUUCAGCAAAAUUUCCCUCCACAAGACAUACCACCUUCAAAAUCAUGUUCUAAAUUUUAAAAAUGAUCUUGGUAAGUUAUAUCUAGAUUUAUACAGUACAGUAUCCUAUAAUAUUCUAAGAUAUCAAAUGCAAAUCUAACAUCAUUAAUAUUU